AUUAUGUUCUUGGAUCGAUUAGAACUCUUAAAUUUUUUGGGCCCUUAUCCGUUGAAUCGUGGGAUCGACGUGUGGGUUCAAUCGAAGUAAGAGCUCGUGUAAAUCAUUGUUCGGCCCUAGCUACGAAUUGGAUCAUAUUAUCCAAAUGUAGAGCCGGAGAUUCUUUAAAUCCAUUACUCAGCAGCGCGAUCUUCAUUCCUCCUUUUUUUGCUUCUGGUUCUCGAUUCUCAUCCGCCAUGGAAGCUCUCAUCUCCCAGUUCACCUUCCUCUCCGAUCGAGCUUUACAAGACAAGAAUUUCGACCCUUCCACCAUUGAAGACCUCAUGAAGCUCUUCGAGAUCGAAGCCUACAACUCCUGGGCAGCCUUGGAGCUCCAACACCAGAACGAAACUCGAGACGCUGAGAUCGCGAUGCAACAGGCUGAGGAUUAUCUCGAUUCCGUCAUGGAAGAUGCUAUGGAUGAGUUCAGAAGGUUCGAGGAGGAGUUCGAUCGGAUGGCCGAGGCUGAGCUUCAAGACCUCAUCGACAAGUCGGAGAAGGCUCGCAAGAUGGGCAGUUUGAUGGAGAAAGCCGCCGCGGUUGCUUCCAAGAGGUACAUGGAGGCGGCGAUGAACUCGGCCACUGCUUCCAUGAGAUCUGCCUGGAAGGCCAUUUCGUCCAAUAAGGUUCAUCCUUCUUGAAUCCGCCUUAAAUCUCUCAUAUGAUUGUUACUUGCUUUUCAUUUCUUGAAGAAUCGAAAUCUAUUUAGGUUGCAGAAAGAGAUGAAACAAUCUGUGAAACUGUGAAAUCAACGCAUAAAUAACUACAAUUUCAUACUCAAUUGUUCA